AUGGAUCCAGGCCGACAGCCCUUAGAGCCACAGUCAACGGCCGACAGCCGUCAGAGCCACAGUCAACGGCCGACAGCCGUCAGAGCCACAGUCAACGGCCGACAGCCCCCAGAGCCAGUCAGCGGCCGACAGCCCCCCAGAGCCACAGUCAACGGCCGACAGCCCCCAGAGCCGCAGUCAACGGCCGACAGACCCCCUAGAGCCACAGUCAACGGCCGACAGCCCCCAGAGCCACAGUCAACGGCCGACAGCCCCCAGAGCCACAGUCAACGGCCGACAGCCCCCAGAGCCACAGUCAACGGCCGACAGCCCCCAGAGCCACAGUCACCGGCCGACAGCCCCCCAGAGCCACAGUCAACGGCCGACAGGCCCCCAGAGCCACAGUCAACGGCCGACAGGCCCCCAGAGCUACAGUCAACGGCCGACAGCCCUCCAGAGCCACAGUCAACGGCCGACAGCCCCCAGAGCUACAGUCAACGGCCGACAGCCCCCAGAGCCACAGUCAACGGCCGACAGGCCCCCAGAGCCACAGUCAACGGCCGACAGGCCCCCAGAGCUACAGUCAACGGCCGACAGCCCCCCAGAGCCACUGUCAACGGCCGACAGCCCCCCAGAGCCACAGUCAACGGCCGACAGCCCCCCAGAGCCACUGUCAACGGCCGACAGCCCCCCAGAGCCACUGUCAACGGCCGACAGGCCCCCAGAGCCACAGUCAACGGCCGACAGCCCCCAGAGCCACAGUCAACGGCCGACAGCCCCCCAGAGCCACAGUCAACGGCCGACAGCCCCCCAGAGCUAUAG